AUGUAUAUACUUCUUACCUUUCAAACUUGAAAAAAAUAAAUUAAAUAAAAUGUGAUGGCAAUUUUCGCGGGAAAAUUAAUUUACUGUCCUGUAUUGAAGCCCUGGGCUUCAAGGAAGAUUAUAGUUAGAUGCUGUUCAAAUUUGGGGGAAAAUAGUUGUGUAAAUGUUCCAGUUAGAUACAUUCCUAAGAAAUUAUCAAAUGCUAAUAAUAAACCUAAUGAUUUUACUCCGGUUCCCAACGACUCCAAACGUAGAUUCAUCAAGCAUAACUCGUCGAAUGUUAAGUUUCGAAAGGUUAAGGAGAAGUCACCCGAUAAUGAUUUUAAGUCAGGUACUUUCAGGUCAAAAGAGACCGAAAUUCGUAAUUCGGUUAUGAGAUCAGAGGUGGGAGAAUAUGAUUAUAACUGGAGAUCAAAGCCUAAGGAUGAACUCAAUGAGAUUGAUACCAUGGAAGGUUAUGAGGAGCCUAUAGAUGAUGAACUUGACUUUCAAAAUGGAAAUUACGAAAUUAAACAUCUGGUGGUCGAAUCUAGUAAAAGUAAAGAAGCUGAGAUGGUAGCGGUUGGAUUACUCGCAAAAAGAACAUAUACAGCACUUGAGCUUAAGAAGAAACUGCUAGGAAAUAAGUUCUCGCUUGAAGUUUCCAAUGCCGUGAUUUCUGACUUCCAGAACAGAGGCUUGAUCAAUGAUCUUUUGUAUGCUGAAGCAUUCUCUCGAUCGAGAUGGUCUUCAUCAAGUUGGGGUCCACUUAAAAUUAAGCAAGCCUUGACCAAAAAGGGUGUCAAUGAUUUGGAUGCACAGAAAGCAAUAAAGUCUGUUUUAGAGAAUGAUGAACCCGACGAUGAUGAUCAAGUUUCAAGAUUUGGAUUGUCAAAGCCCUCGAUGGACCAUCUAUUUUCCCAAGCUUGCAAGCAAUGGCUUCGUGCUAAAGAUCUUCCCAGUGAAAAACAAAAGUCGAGGAUAAUUGCAUGGCUUCGAUACCGUGGCUUUAAUUGGGGCAUUGUCAGUUUCAUCUUGAAAAAGUUGCAAUCAGAGCAUCCUCCUUAAAUGAUGGUUAGUGAUUUGGACUUUACUCACAUUCAUCUUUUCAAAAUUGUAAGAUGAAAUCAAUAUAGGAUAUUUAGCAUGUAACUUAUGGAUAUUGUGAAAGUGUAAAAUAUAAUUUGCUCUGGCGGGUCCCACUGGUUUGACUACACAACUAUAUUAUGAGGGGGACCCACCUGCUCCACCAAAGUUAUAACCUGUAUUUCUGUUAUUUAUUGGAAAAUGAAAUGUUAACUAAUGACA